AUGCAGAAUGCGAAAAUUCCGGCACGCCUUCAAUCUCCAUAUAUGAUGAAGAACAAGGAAAGAAAUCAACAUUACUUUGAGUCUUCCCAAAUAGAUUACCGAGAUGAAAUCAUUAUGGGGUUCAUUUUUGCAAAUGAAGAUGAUAAGAAUGUGAGGAUUACAAUGGAUAAUGAAAGGAGUAAAAAAAGAAAGACAUUAUUGUCGUUUUUCAAACAUAAAGAAAAUUCAUCUACAUCUACGGUUAACGAGAAAUCACCUAUUAAUCCUUCAUUCACUAUUGAUGGAUUUAAUAACUGGAAAAGGGUUAACGAUGGAGUUAAAUGUCCACUUUUAAUUCACGUGGGAGGUCCUACUUCCUCACAUAGUAAUUCAGUGAAAUGUGUUGAAGAUUUGAUGAAAGUAAGUGGACAUAUUGACAACAUAUUGAAUGCCCAAAGUUUAGAUGAAGUUCAGAAAAAUCGAUUACGACUUAAGACGACAAUUGAGAGUAUUCGAUGGCUUAGUUUACAAGCUUGUGCAUUUAGAGGUCAUGAUGAAUCUUCAUCUUCUAAAAAUAGUGUAUUAGAAAAAGCUCCAAGAAAUGCAACAUAUACUUCACCAACUAUUCAGAAAGAAAUUUUGCAUAUUUUUGCAAAUAAAGUAAGGAAAAAUAUCCGUGAAGAAAUUGGAGAUGCGAAGUUCUGUAUUUUAGUUAAUGAAGCUAAAGAUAUUUCAAAUAAAGAGCAGAUGUCAAUUAUUUUGAGAUUUGUUGAUUGUUUGGGUAUUUUACGAGAGCGUUUCUUUGAUAUUGUUAAUGUUCCAAAUACUACUGCUUCAACAUUAAAGAAGAGCAUAUCAGAUGUUCUUUCUCGACAUAAUUUGAAUGUCACCAAUAUGAGAGGGCAAGGGUUGCAAUUAGCAUUAGUUGGAGCUUCUACAAAAGAGAUUUCUGUUUGGCUAUUUUUUUCAAAACUAUCCACCAUUAUUAAUCUUAUUGGUUGUUCCUCCAAAUGGCAUUCUGAGUUACAUUCUGCUCAAACUAUUGAAAUUGAUCGUAUGAUUACUUCGGGUGAACAGGAUACUAGUAAAGGAAUGAAUCAAAUUGAUAAUUUACAUCGUAGUGGAUCAACUCGAUGGAGCUCUCAUUUUGAAUCUAUUUGUAGUUUAAUUGAUAUGUUUGGUGCAACUAUUUCUGUUCUUGAAAGUAUUGUGGAAGAAGGAUCGUCUAGUUCUUUACGUGGAGAAGCAUGUGUAUCAACUACUAAAGCACUACUUUUCAAUUUUAGAGAAGAAGGAUUUGAUCAUCUCCUAGAAUACGUGCAAAUGGUUUGUACACAACAUGACAUUGAAAUUCCGGAUCUGAAUGCUUCAUACAAAAGUGCAACAAGACGUUCAUGUCAACAAAAAGAUUCGUUGACAAUUCAACAACACUAUCAUUUCAAUAUCUUCAAUUCAGUGAUAGAUUUUCAACAAGAAGAGUUGAAUUCUAGAUUUAGUGAUGAGGCAAUAGAGCUCCUUAAACUUAGUUCUGCUUUGGACCUUAAAGAUAAUUUUAAAUCAUUUAAAGGUGAAGAUAUUUGUAAAUUGGCUGAAAAGUAUUAUCCAGGAGACUUCAGUGAACAAGAAAUGCAUUAUUUGAGAUCUCAACUCCAGCAUUAUAAAAAUUGA